UGCUCCUUCCGCCCCGCCCCCGGGCCGGAAGUGCGGCGCCGCCACCGUCCCGCCGCAGCCUCAGCUAGUCGCCGUCGCCUGUCGGGUACUCUCGAGCGUGCAGCAUCAGGUUAGAUUUGAACCGCCACCAUGUCAAGCAAAAAAGCGAAGACCAAGACCACCAAGAAGCGCCCUCAGCGCGCAACAUCCAAUGUCUUCGCCAUGUUUGACCAGUCCCAGAUCCAAGAGUUCAAAGAGGCCUUCAACAUGAUCGACCAGAACCGGGACGGCUUUAUUGACAAGGAGGACCUGCACGACAUGCUGGCGUCUCUGGGGAAGAACCCCACUGACGCCUACCUGGACGCCAUGAUGAACGAGGCCCCAGGCCCCAUCAAUUUCACCAUGUUCCUCACCAUGUUUGGAGAGAAGCUGAACGGCACCGACCCCGAGGACGUCAUCAGAAACGCCUUCGCUUGCUUCGAUGAGGAAGCCACAGGCACCAUCCAGGAGGAUUACCUGAGGGAGCUGCUGACCACCAUGGGCGACCGCUUCACAGACGAGGAAGUGGAUGAGCUGUACAGGGAGGCCCCCAUUGACAAAAAGGGGAAUUUCAACUACAUCGAGUUCACACGCAUCCUCAAGCACGGCGCGAAAGACAAAGAUGACUGAAGCACCACCGCUGACACUCUGCUGUGUUUCCUUACUUUGUGUCUCAGACACACACACACAUCCAUCCCAUAGGCCCUACUGUGUGCCACUUAGUUCCUCAGACACUCCCCACCCCCCAUAGGCCCUACUGCGUGCCACUUAGUUUCACAGCUUUUCCUCUUUUUUAAUGUAUUUAUUCCAGACCCUUUCUGUCACUUAGCACAUGUAUAAUCAGACUGGAAUGGGGACAAUGUUGUAAAUUGUACUGAAAAUGAGAUGCAAAUAAAAAUCAACCAAUGUGAAAGCCCAGGAAAAUA